GCAGGGGUUCCCUAGCCGGUGGGUGCUGCUGUCCACCCAGUAACUUUUUGUUAAGAUUCUGUAAAGCAAUGAUAAAAACCGACUGCAUUGGUUGUUUUACCGCAUCAUGGAAUACAAUUUUCAGAAUCCGAACUUCCUAUAGAGAAUCCAGUUCCGCGCUCUUGAAUUUAAGUUUUUAUUGUAAACAAAAAAAACACUUUUUACUUCCUACGACUACCACGGGGAAGACAAAAAGAAGAACGGUGGAGCCAAAAUGAUAGAUUCGAUUCGUGAGGACCAGUGGACCCAGAGCUUCUGAUCAACAGGUGAACAUGCUACAGGGCUAAUAGUACCACCAUGCUUUUGGCCUCCGCUGUGGUGGUGUGGGAAUGGCUCAACGAACAUGGCCGAUGGCGGCCCUACAGCCCCGCCGUCUCCCACCAGAUAGAGGCGGCCAUCCGCAGCGCCGACAACCGCGGAGGCAGCGUGGUCCUUGGCCAGGUGGACAGCCGGCUGUCACCGUACAUCAUAGACCUCCAGUCCCUGCACCAGUUCAGACAAGACACAGGAACUAUUCGUCCGGUGCGAAGAAGCUUUUAUGACCCAGUCUCGGCCCCAGGUCAGGGCUGGCAGUGGGAGUGGGAAAAUGAUGCUGGCACAUGGACACCCUACGACAUGGAGGUAGCAAUUGCCAUUGAUACUGCCCACAGCCACCAGCAGCCCUGUCUUGACCUGACACCACUUGGCUUCUGCUACCUUAUUGAUCUUCAAAACAUGACACAGGUGAACAGACAAAGCCAGCGGUGUCGAAGAAUCCAGAAGCGUGCAGACAUGCCCUACCCAUUAGUGUGUGGUCCUCUCCCUGUGCCCAAAGGAGGGAGUGUGGGUGGGGGACUAAGUGGAGCCUUGCUAGGUGUUGGAGUCUCAGGGGCCAGCAUGGGGGUUGGAAGCUCUGUCUAUCCCAGUGGAGGCUUACCAACUACUGGAUUGCGACAGCCUUGUUCCUGCCAGCAAUGCAUGCUAGUUUUUAGUGUGAAGGCCAAUACCGGAGGAUGUGGGGGAGGAACACCAAGUGUCCAGACUCUAGGCAGACGCCCUUUAGCCAUGCAGCAUCCCAAGAACUCAGCACCCGCUGGAUUUAACCCUCUGAGUCCAUCUAAAUCAGCCACUUUAGGCCGUAAACAGCAGCAGAACUCUAACUCCAUCUCCAACUACCAGACACUACCACAUGGUCUUGCCAUCUCUAAAAACACUGCCUCUCCAAGAAGAAACUCCCAGCUUUUUGCUCAGUCACUGGCUGCCCUCACCGCUGGCACGUCCUCUUUGGGAAUCUCCUCGUCUUCCAACAGACCACCUCCCCCAUCCCUUCCACCUGCUCAACCUUCAUGCAACACAGCUAUGAAUCCUCCAAUUGUUCCUGCUAAGCAUUCCUCAUCUUCAGCUACAGAAUUAGUGCCAACUGCCACAUUAAUUACCCCUGCAAAUACUGUGACCACCCCCUCUUCUCCUUUGCCAUCUCCGUCACCGGUGGUGAUGAAGCCAGUUUGCCAUGCCCCAUUGCCACAAAGAUCGAGUUUAGCUGGGCUAAGCAGACCUGCAUUACAGAGGAUCGCAAUAGCCCAGUCCAGAGCACUUAUAGCAUCAGGUGUUCCUACUGUUCCAGUGAAAAACCUUAAUGGAUCCAGUCCUGUUCACCCUGCACUUGCUGGGAUAACAGGAAUCCUAAUGAGUGCUGCUGCUUUACCAGUGUGCCUAACAAGGCCUCCUAAACUGGUGCUACACCCCCCACCUGUGAGCAAGAAUGAUAUCAAACCAGUGCCAGGCCUCAGCCACUGCUUUAGGAAGACCACAAAAAAACAAGUUCGCAAGGGUAAAACUCCAGAGGAAGUGGUAAAAAAGUAUCUGCAGAAAGUAAAAGGUCCACCUGAUGAGGAUUGUACCAUCUGUAUGGAGCCACUAGGGGGUCCAUCUGGAUACAAAGGACCUAGUGUGGGUCCAGUUUCCAGGGCAGAAUCAGUUGGGCGACUUACACAGUGCAGACACCAGUACCAUUUCCACUGUCUAGUUGCUAUGUACAACAAUGGUAACAAGGAUGGCAGUCUUCAGUGUCCCACCUGUAAAACCAUCUAUGGCGUAAAAACGGGCAACCAACCCGCAGGGAAGAUGGAGUAUCACAUUAUUCCUCACUCUCUACCAGGACAUCCUGACUACAAAACCAUACGUAUUAUUUACAACAUACCACCAGGCAUUCAGGGACCAGAGCAUCCAAACCCAGGCAAGCCCUUCACUGCCAGAGGCUUUCCUAGACACUGCUACCUCCCAGACAGUGAUAAAGGGCGCAAGGUGCUGAGACUCCUCCUCAUAGCGUGGGACCGCCGAUUGAUCUUCUCUGUUGGUACUUCAAGCACUACAGGAGAGUCUGACACCGUCAUUUGGAAUGAGGUCCACCAUAAGACAGAAUUUGGUUCCAACCUGACAGGCCAUGGCUUCCCUGACCCUGGACACCUUGACAACGUCCUGGAAGAGCUCAGAGUUCAGGGCAUCACAGAGGAUGAUAGGCUAGUGGAAAAGUGAAAGGACAUGUAAUCAGCCAGGAGAAGACAAGAGUGGAGAAGAGUGGAAGAAGAGAAAGUGGGUCCUAGAUUGAGACAGACUUUCUCUGCUAGCACUUAAUACAGGUGUAGAAAGACUUGAUGUAUGUCACCUGCUAAUUUUCACUCAGUCACUUGUCAAUCUCAAUCCAAACUGUUUACAUAUGAUUAAAGGUGGGGAGUUUGAGGAAGUAGUAGCACAGAAUAAAAAGUUAAAAAAUUAGGCACUCAGAGUUUUAGUCAAUUUAACAGGUGCUAAAUGCGAGUGACACCUUAGUUAAGGUUAAAAACAAAGAAACCCCUAAAAAUAGGGUAAAAUGUUAACACAGUUAAAUGAAAAUUGGCAAAGAAGAAAUAAGAGAUGGAGCAGCAAAGGAGAGCACCAGAGAGAAUAGAAAAGAAAUAAUGUAUCAGAAAGAGAAAAAGAUGGACUUUGUAUGUAGUCUAAUAUAGAAGUAGAGUAAAAUAAGAAUACAGUUUAGGUGCUAUAGAUUUCUCUAAAAGCAGAUGAGACCGAGAGUGAUUGCAGAUGCUUUGUGCUUGCUUUGUUCAGACCACCUGUCAGUUUGAGACAAUAGUCUCAACUAUCAAUAGUUUUGUUGCUGCUCCCUCUUGUGGUUUAUCUGUAGAUACACCUCAGCCUGCAGCCAAAUGGUACAAACAUUUUCUAUGAUUCACCAUGUGUUAUUUUAUUACUUAUAUAAACCUUAGUUAACAUUAUCCAAAACUUUACCUCUUACUUUGGGCUUAGUGGUUUUAUGUGUCAUUACAAUGCCUGCAUGCAAAAGGUCAUUUAGGCCUGUGUUCUACUAUUGACACAUUGGCCAACCUCUAAUACACAGGUGGCAGAUAUUUUUGUCUGUGAUGGUUAAGGUGGUUUUACUGGACAUAGAGAGGCAUAGACAAACACAAUGCCACUGGAAGAAACCCUUCACAGUUUCUACUGGUUUGUAGGUAAAGGAGUAAAAAUAUUGCCGUAAUUUUCGAGCUAUAGAGCAGCUAAUACGGUAAACAAUUCCUCUAACACGGCUGGCUAAAAAAAUACAGCAGCAUACCACAAAAGUAAUUUAUCACUAUCUACCUUCUGCAGAUUAGAAUUACUAAAGUCGUCUUCUCCAGUGUCAGAACUUAACGGCCCCACAUUUAUUUUGUCAAACACUUUCUUGGUCUUCUUUCACUGUUUCAGUGACUUUUUCUUCAUAGCUAAGGGAGCUGCACUGUCAUGCGUGCCCUGACGGACAGGCCUUUUCGACUCGGCUUCUUUUAAGCUGGCAAUUGAUUUGGCUUUCAUUGAGCGCAGCAACUCCUGCAUGGUUUGCAAAUUAGCUGCAGAGUUGUUUAAGACGCAGGGUUCAUAGUGCAUCAAAAAAGUAGCGGCUUGUAGUUCGGGAAAUUGUGGUAACUGAAGAGAGAAGACUACUGUAAAGGCUCCUGAAUAAUGGCAAGAUACUACACUGGCCACAACAUAAUUAGAUUUUGUAGUAUUUAGCAUUAUUAGUAAAUUUUAUUUGAAAAUUGUUAUCUCAGAGAGAUAUGUCUAUUAAAAUUCAGAAUAAGCAUGUGAACCACCUACCUUCUGUUGUUGUUAUUUAAUAUAUACUCAAAUUAUUACAGGGCUGUCCAUCUUGCAUUCUGCCAUGUUUAACAAUGUUGCUACUUGCCUACAUUGAGCAAAGGAUUUUUCACUAGUUGAUGAAUGAUGAAAAGUCACGUUAAUUAUGGUACUUUAAAUGGCCCAUAUCUAUAGAUUUUCAGUCCCCCUCCCUUCUUGCAUGAGAGAAUAAAUUUCACAUAUUUUGAUCUUAUAGAGUUGUAAAGUUGGUAAAGUUGCCUCAAUUUUAGACUAACAGGAAACAAAUCACAGUUAAUUUGGGGCUUGUUUUGGGUUUUGAAAGAGCCAUGUGUGCAAGCAGGGACCAUUAAUUAGUGAAUGGUACUAUAUACCUAAUCUUAACAACACUGGUACUUUUUACAUUUCAUAUUAUAAUAACUUAAACACACAUGCGGUGCCUCAUUUUAAAUUGCGUACAUAUAUAAUUUACAGAUUACAGAGAAUUUUCAUACACUGUAUCCCUUAAUCAUGAACACACUGCCUAGUGUUGGAUCUGGGUCUUAUAUUGUUACAACAAUGUUACAAAAAUGUUACAAAAUGUGUAGGUGGGUCUGGGAAUGAUGAUCUGUGUAGUUUGCUUGUACACUACCAACAUGUUAUAUGACAUCUUCCUAUAACUCUGAACUAUGAUGUUGGAAGUGAUGAUGCUCCCUGUACUGUAACAAUUUCAUGGUUGUUCUUUUUUAAACUUGUAGGUACACUUUUUUAAAUAGAAAUAUUCCUAACA